AUGCUCCAAAGCGUAGCAACGCACCUCUCCUCCACCUCCACCACCACCACCACAACACCUCUCCUCCUCCUGUCAAAGCCCUUCCUUUGUCUCUCUUCAAAUUCCCAAAUUUCUCUCUCUAAACCCUUCAAUUUCCCUCAAACCUCAAAAUCUAUCUCUUAUUACAAGCCACCAAUGAACAUCCUUAACAAACUAGGCUUUGGUACUAGGUCACCCGACCCAUCAACAAUGGACCCAACAGUCCCACAAGGUCCUGAUGAUGACUUACCAGCUCCUGGUCAGCAAUUUGCUCAGUUUGGAGCUGGUUGCUUUUGGGGUGUUGAAUUAGGAUUUCAAAGAGUCCCCGGUGUCACUAAAACGGAAGUGGGUUAUAGUCAGGGCUUAUUACAUAAUCCAACUUAUGAAGAUGUUUGCACCGGUACUACUAAUCAUAAUGAAGUUGUUAGGGUUCAGUAUGACCCUAAAGAGUGUAGCUUUGAGUCUUUGCUUGAUGCUUUUUGGGAUAGACACGACCCUACUACCUUGAAUCGCCAGGGCAAUGAUGUGGGAACACAGUACAGGUCUGGAAUAUACUAUUACACCCCCGAGCAGGAGAAGGCGGCAAAGGAGUCCUUGGAACGGCGGCAGAAGCUCUCGGACAGGAAAAUAGUCACUGAGAUUUUACCUGCCAAAAAAUUCUAUCGAGCGGAAGAAUACCACCAGCAGUAUCUGGCGAAAGGAGGCCGCUUUGGUUUUAAACAAUCUGCUGAGAAAGGAUGCAAUGAUCCAAUCAGAUGCUAUGGAUAA